AUCUAGUGUGUGAUUUUGCCAGAUUUGUGAGAUUUGAGAGUGUUUUAAAUAUUCAGUAAAGUAUAUCUGAAAGAAAUCAUACCAUUGGUUAAUGAUUGGAGUAAUACACAACUGCAAUGGCUCAGUUAAAAGAGUCCGGCUCAUUUGCAAACAUGAAAAUGACAGUUUGCAAAGCGCAAUAUAACAUGGCAAUGCAACAGGUUAUCAGAGGAGGCAAAUUUAUAGCAUGGUCAACUUUAAAGAGCCGCCAUACCAAUAUUAAGGAAUCAAUUGUGAAUGAACACUGCCAGGGUGAUGCUGCAUUGAAGGAUCAAAUGCUACAAGCUUUGAAUCUUGAAUAUAAAACUAUUGAACAACGCAAUCAAGAGUUGGAGGAAGAUCAAGCAAAACAGUUCUUGGGGCCUUUAAACGAAUCUAUGAAAAAGUACUGCGAUUAUUUUCAAAAUUCUGCAGAAGAUGGAACUUUGUCCCGUGAAGGUUUUGAUUCUACACACAGCAAAGCAAAACAAGCAGCGUUCAAUGAUCUUCGUGAAAACAUGCCAGUUUCUCCACCUCAUAUGGUGGAACAAACUGAAAAAAAAUUAUCCAGUAUGAUUAGAGAUGCUUGUAAUACUUUUAGGCAAGAUUUUGAGAAGCAAACAAGUUCUUCGGUUUCUGUAGAAUCUUUUACCAAACCCCUUGAGAAAGCUAUAGUUCUGUAUCGCACUGUUAUGAAAGAGCAUGCAACAAUGGGUUCCCCUAAACUGCCAUUUGAGGAGAUGCACAAGCAAGCAAAACAACUUGCUAAAAAUACUCUGGUCGAAAAUUUGCCACAAUCACCUGUUGGGCUAGUGAACACAACUAAAGAAAAACUUAAUGAACUAAUACAACAAAGUUAUGAGGAAUACCGUGCAGCACAACAAAAACCAGAGGACCAACUCGCGUUCUUUCUUAUGCUAGCUGGUCUACUUGGUCAGGAUUUUAUGAAAGACUUUCAGCCACUUAUUGAAAGGUCAAAGCAAAAAUAUGACGAAAUUAUGAAUCAGUUCAUGAAAGAUGGGAAGUUCAUAUCCUGGUUGACAAUGCGUAGAAAGCAUGAGAGUGUGGUGCAGGAAUGCAUAACAGAUGUUUCCAACAAACUUGGCAGGCAACAACUCAAGGAGUUUAGUGACAAAAUUGAUGUUGUGUUAGAAGAAAAAUUCAAUGAAUUUCGAAAGCGCAAUUCGAUAUAUGAGGAAAAACUCCGUGAAGAUGCGAUGGGAAAGAUUGUAGAAUGUGUCAGUGUGUAUAAGAGCAUGAUCAGACGGGCCAUAGACAACCCAUUAAUGAAUGAAAAGGAUUUUGAACACAUUCAUCAACACAGUAAAGCAGCGGCUUUUGAACGUCUGGAGAAAAGCAGCAUUAUAGAUAAAGAGAAAUUCUCCCACAGACUAAAUGGAGCAAUUAAGCAGGAACAAGCUAAAGCUCUUGAAGUACUCAAAAGGAGGCGACCAACAACACCAAACACCGCUGCUAUGCAGCAAGCUGUGAAGUCAAUCCACGAUUAUAAAAUUGGCGAGAUUACUGUUCAAGUUGCAAACUGCGGUAUCACUGAUCUGACAAAAUCAAACAUUAUUGUUAACAGUGUGGGACCUGAUUUUGAACUUUCUAAAGGUCAAGUUAGUGCGAUCUUGCUUCGCCGAGUUGGGCCUCAACUGCAAACAGAGUGCACCAAUAAUCCAAAGUUCUCUACGGAAAGUUACCGCAUAACAACCGGUGGUAACUUAUGUGAUCAUAUUGUGCAUUAUGUUCUACCAAACGAGGAAUAUCGGAUUGAAGAGUCGAUCAUGGAACUUCUGGAAAAGUGUGACAACAUGGAAGCGAUAACAGUUGUCAUGCCUGUUCUCGGUUCAGGUAACAGAGGAGUUCCUGUUGACAAAUGUGCUCGAUUUCUGUGGGCAGCUAUAUGUUUACUGAAUAGUUACAGGAAGCCCACUUAUUUGAACUGCAUUAAAAUACCUGCAUAUGAUGUCAAAGUGUUCAACGGCCUUGUGAAGUUUUUUGAUAAACCUCCCAGGUUUUUAGGAUUCCCAUCACACUGGGGAAAUGUGAGUAGGGGAACAACAGAAGUGAAGCAGUUGACACCAGACAGCAGUGAAUUUAAUGAUGUUGUUGCCGCAUUCAAAAAGAGCAACCCACCUGUCAAUGAAAUCCUUCAGGUAAUGUGGAAACAUUGUAUUUAA